GAACCUGCAAUUCAGGAACUCCUUUCUGCAACUAUACAUAACCAUGACUAUAGCCCAAUGGCUUUAAACAAAGAUAACCAAGAUACAAAAAUCAUUUCUACCUAUAAUGAACUACAAGCAACCCCCAAUCCUAACAGACCAAUUAAAGUAAAAAUAACUAACCAGAAGUAUCCUGCUUUUGACUACACAAGCCUAAAAAACAAUGAUAAUGAACAAAUGCUUCAGACUACAAAUG